ACACACACAUAUAUAUAACAACUAGAUAGCAUAUGUCUACUGCCUAUGUUUUGAAAGUAGGGAUUUUUUUUUUUGAACCUCCCAUCAUCCCAUUCCCUGCAUGCUUCAUUUCACUUUUGUACAACUUCACCACCAUUUUCUCAGCUCCAUCAUAUCAACACAUAUUUCCCUUCAGAACAAGGAAAAAGCAUUAAAACCCUUGUCCUUUGUCCAGCUUCUUUUCUUUUUCUCUUGUACAAAUACCUAUUUCUCUCAACCCUAAAACGAACCCUUUAGAAUAUUGACCUUCAAGCUAAAGUGCUAGAGUGAAAGAAACCAUAUUAUUAGUAUUUCUUUUGAGAGCAAGUCUUCUCUUUUGGUACUGCUCAUCAAGAUGUGGAUGAUGGGUUACAAUGAUAGUGCGGAGUUCAACAUGCCUGAUUCCUUCAAUGGCAGGAAACUUAGGCCUCUUAUUCCAAGGCCAAUACCUUCUGCAAACAACCCUCCUUGUCUAAGCCGUAUCAAUGGCACCGACUUUUUUGCACUAAACCAUCACCUAACUACGGGAGAUCAAAACAAGAGGGAUUUCAAUACACAACCUGUUGUCGUCAGCUCAAGGUGGAAUCCAACGCCUGAGCAGUUAAGAACCCUUGAAGAACUUUAUAGAAGAGGCACUCGAACCCCAACAGCAGAUCAAAUUCAGCAUAUUACAGCACAGCUGCGUAGAUAUGGUAAGAUAGAAGGAAAAAAUGUUUUCUAUUGGUUCCAAAACCACAAGGCAAGGGAACGGCAAAAACGUCGUCGGCAGAUGGAAUCAGCUCCAGAUGAGCACAGUCGAGUCGACAUCGAUAUCUUUGAAAGAAAAGAUUCAGGAGCAAAUAAGACAGGUUAUGAAGUUGAACAGACCAAAACUUGGACAGUCCCUACAAACUGCAGUACACUAGCAGAGGAUUCUGUUCCAAUACAAACGGCAGCAAAAGCAGCAGUGGCAGAAUGUCGAGCAGAUGGAUGGAUCCAAUUCGACGAAGGAGAAUUACAGCACAGAAGGAACAUUGUGGAAAGGAAUGGGGCGUGGCAGAAAAUGCAAUUGUCUUACUCUUGCCCUCCCUCCACCCACCAACUCAUUAACAACUCUAGCGCAGCAGCAGCUACCAACACUGCUACCCCCACAGCGCCAAUACCAACGGCAAUAAGAAGAAUGGACCCAAAGCAGCCCAUUAAGACUCAUGAUCUGAACAUCUUUAUAUCUCCCUGCAGAGAGAAUGGCAAUGUGCUAGACCACUUGAACAGUGCCUGCAGAAAUGAAGAGGAUGGUCCUGGGGAAUCCCAAACCCUACAACUCUUCCCUCUUCGUAGCGGCGAUGGUAUCGAUAAUGUUAAGGAGAAAGAGAAUGAGAUAUCAGUUGCAGCCGUGACUGCCAGCCUCACUCCUUACCCAUUUUUCGAAUUCCUUCCUCUGAAGAACUAAAACCAAUGGAUUGAUUGUAUCCCCUACUUUUUCACCUUGCUUAAUUUGCUAUGUAUGUAAAAUGGAGGGAUAUGCUUGGAUUCUGUAUUUUGUUGGAAAUUGGAACUGUUUUCAUUGCCUGUGAUGUUACAUUUCAUGGAGUGGGUGCAACGGGAUGUUGUGGGGAUAUCAAGCAAUGGUUGCCUUAAAAUGCAUUUGGACCAUGUUGGAUUUGUCAAUGAAUGAACAAAAGAACAACAACAUUUAAGACAACAUUACAAGAGAUUAAUGUUGACAGAAUAAGGCCUAGUUUCCGUUCCCCAUUGAAGAGGUCUGAAAUAGAUAGGCUUUAGGCUGUGAUGAUGUUGAAAUAAGGAACCUGAAAAUGGGAAUUAGAUUUGAAAGACUUUGAUGUUGAAGUGACUAAGAAUAUGGGUUGGAGAGUUUUUUUGUUCCUUUCUUA